CCGCAGGUCGGCGCUGUCUCUUUAGGAGGUGUAUGACGACAGCAUGACGAUCUUUGAGGAGGUGGAGGCAGAGAUUCGUAGUCGGCGCAAGGAGGGGGGGGAUCGUGCUAGUGCACGACUGUUGCAGGGGCGGGACUACGAGGAUGAGGACGAGGAGGACAUCAUGUACGAGGCGGAUGACGUCUGGGAGGGGAAGGACAUGAUCGAGGAGAUUGCGGCAGCAGGGAAGGGGAAAAAGGUAGUGCGUGAUGACCCUCUCGUCUCUCGUGUGUGGGAUAGAUGGGGGGGGAUUGACAUUCUGGAUGACCUAGACGGCUACCUGCACGGCUCCAGACACACCCUUCAUAUGAUGAAGGACAUUCACGAGUGUCGCAGACCGGAUGAGGCGAGUGCAGGGGUUCAGCAGGACCGUCGUGUGGAUACGGGCUUUCAUGCGACCACCUUCGACGGUGGGGCAGGCUCUAGUGCAGCUACCACAGAGGUAGGAUCGACACGCACGGCGGAGGUGGUAGUCCCCCCCCCCGUUGCUCCAUCGUUUGGUAUGCCAUCUGUUGUUGGGACAGGAGAGGAGCAUUGUGAUGCCCCUGUCCCGGGUCGUGUAGCACAACAGCCAUGUCCCGCCAUUGAGGAGCAGGGGAGCGCUCCUGUUACCGAGGAGCGUGUGACACAUGCCACUGUUUUAGAGGAGCCGCAUCCCGUUGUCGAGGAUCAGGUGACAGGUCCUGCUGUGGAGGAGUUGGAGGCCGCUACCGUUAUCUCUGGGCAGCAAACUAGGUUGGACGGCAGGGCGCGAGAGACAGAGGGUGUUCCCACAUCGUUGUCGUCCCCAGCGCGGCAUGACCCAUCUGCGUGUACGGGCAUGGAUGAUACCACCCUUGCACCUUUCCAUUCAAAGGUGCCCCUUACUAUCGGGGAGACUGUGGCACGACAUCACACUGGGCACCCGUGUGUGAUGGAGACAGCCACACACACAUGUAUUGUGCAGCAGGAGGGAGCUGUUACGGAUGAGGGGGGCCACGAGACAGACAUAGAGCCCCCUUCCACAACCAAGGAGGUUGCUCCCACAUCGGCAGGGGCCCCUCGUACAUUAGAGAGCACGGAUCCGCACACAGCGACGAUGACGACGACGACGACGCUUGGAGGGAGUCCUGGAGCUGGGAUGACUUCCGCUGCACUUCGGCCUGUGUCAUUCUAUACCGCUCCUCCGCUGUCUAUCUUACAUGGUCGUACUGUGGUUCGCGGACCCGGCUUGACUCUUCCCCCUCGUACAUCGUCCCCUACUGCCACAACGCCUCUUGGAUGGUUGUCGUCAUCCAUGAGCAUAGCAGCACAACAUUCACAGGGCAGUCGAGGUGUUCCAUCUGUGGCCCCAGUGGCUCGCAGUCAUUCGGAUCCUGUGUGCAGUGGACCGGUCGUUUCAGUUGCGGUUCCUCCACUCCCUACUCGAGUGUCGUCUGCCAUUGUUGACAACACUUUGACGAGAGGGAGGAAGAGGAAGGCCCCUGACACACGUGGGCGAGAGCAGCCACAGAGACCUGCAGUGCAGGGUAGACCACGCGGGCGCCCCCAAGGGGGUCGAUCGGGGAGGGGUAGAGGGAGACAGGGCGCCGCAGGAUCAAUAGAGAGGUUGUUGGGGUCGCUCGGUGCUAUAGGGGGCGGGUCACCAGCGCCCAUAUCCAUGCAUGAAGUAAGUACUCAUUCUUGUGGUGCUGCGGACAGGACGAGGCACGUCGAGGUUCAGGAGGGCGACGAUGAUGAUGAGCAGGGCAGUGGUGACGGGUCGGAGAUGGCAGUCACUGUCGUGUGUGUCCGUCGUCCGAUCCUCGUAUCAUCAACAAGAAAGGGACCGCUUAGAAGGAGAAUUUCCUCCAAUUCGGGCAGCCAGGGGAGUGCUCGCCUUCUUCAGGAGGAGUUGACAAGCGCCGACGCAUCAGCCUCCCCGCCGCCCGCUUGGAUGGACUCGAACGGAGAACCACUGCUAGUGCAAGGAGAACUACCGACAGCUGAGCCGCCGUCGUUAGUGAACGGUUCCAUCGAGGUCUUAGUGUCCCAUCCCUUGCCGGGUAAUUCCACUAAGCCGCGAGAAUGUCGGUCGGAAAUCAGGAACCUGGUCGUGGUUUCGUCAGGCAAUGAACAACAACCGUACUAUAUCCUGCAGCAGUACUGCUCGAAAGAUGGUAAUGACACCUAUUACUCGAUGUCUAUCAGGAAAGCGAACCUGUCACAGCGCUUGGAGGAAACCGACGGUUCGAGCCAGCAGGAUGACGAAACCACAUUGGUAACGCAUAUGUGGCCGUUCGACCAGCCGAACGGGUCAAGAAUCCCAAGCGGGAUGGAUUUCGGCGGGAAAAGUAUGGCUCACGUGACAGGGAUGGGUCUGUCCAAAGAUGGGGCUCAUCUCCUCCUCAGCGUAACGAAUGGAAACACCUAUAGGCUGCGACGGACGUAUGGCGAAAGUAGCUCCAUGUUGACUUCGUUGUCUCUAACUGAUGGCUCUCGAUCGUCCGUCCCCUACUACAAGUUCGUUGAGUCGUGGGCGUUGGACUCCAAGAUGGGAGAUCUUUACUAUUCCUCACAAGAUGCUCCACUAUCGCUUACCGAAGUUGAUGAUUCGGGACUUCCAAAAUGGCAAGGGAGUAGCUCGACUUCACUUUGGGGGCCGGUCCGUGGCGCGGAAUUCCAAUCUCAAAGCCUUGUUUCGGAUGGCAGUUGCCUUUACUGUCUGCAACCUGAUGGCCGAGUGCUAGGGCUAAAUUUCCGAGAAGCGGCCAUCACUUUAGUAGCCAGCCUGGAUAUCUAUCUAUCCAAGGUGUAUGACGUGGUCUCAACGCCAGACGGAUGCCACGUGUUUGCAUCCAUCGGAUAUUCAGUUCCUGUCCAUACCGUCGUCUCCACCUGCAAUACGGCGAGCAGAGAGGUGGGAAGCAUAAAUCAUCCCAAAUGGAUGGACUUUGUAGGAUUGGCUCUCCACGAUGACGGUGAGCGGUUGAUCCUGUUCAUGGGAACCAGCCAUGGCAAAUUGUUUCGGGUACCGCUGAGCAGGUCGGAGCUGGGAGGUUGUAAACCCCCGAAUAACAUCAAACUGCUGGCCAUCCUGGCUGCAACCGGGGGCGGGGUGUUUGUGGCAAUCGUCGUCGGCGUACUUUGGGCUUGGCGGCGCAGAAAGCAUCGUCGUCAAGCUCGCCAGCAGCAUUCCAUCCUUACUGGACCGUCGGGGGCUUCAUCUUCACAGGAUGGCCUUGCUGUGGCCGCUUGGGGACUCAGGCCCUCACGCGUGAAACAGUUCGAUUUGAAGACCCUGUCGGACUGCACGGACAAUUUCAGUGAGACCCAUCGAAUCGGGGAGAGAGGGGCCUUCGGGAAAGUCUACAGGGGUUCGCUUGACGGCAAGGAGGCGGCAAUCAAGGUGAUGACCGGUGAGCUGACGGCCAUCAAACGCAACCAGUUCGUGGCGGAGGUCAACACCCUCAGCGCAGUUAAUCACGUCAACCUCAUCCAGCUAGUGGGGUACUGCCAGGAGGUCAAUCAGUGCAUCCUGGUGUACCCUUUUUUCCGAGGCGGCUGCUUAUACGAGCGGCUGUUCCCUAACAGACAGAAUCGAAGGGGCCUGGGGGAGGAGGAUUCUUUUCCGCCCCUCACUCUCCAAGAGCGCAUGAGCAUCACCUUUCAGGUGGCCAAAGGGCUGUGGUAUCUCCAUGAUGACGCCAAGCCUCCCAUCAUCCAYCGUGACAUCAAGAGCMACAACGUCCUUCUUGGMGAUGGCURUGGGGAGACACUCCACGUAGUCCUUGCUGAUUUCGGAUUGGCGUCCAUAGGGGAAAGAGUSUUAGACACUGGGCACGACCAUGUGGUGCUCACAUCUCACAUCGGUGGCACCUUUGGGUACAUGUCCCCAGAGUACAUGCUGAGAGGUGAGCUGUCUGAGAAGAAUGAUGUGUACUCCUUUGGGGUUCUUGUGCUGGAGCUGCUGACUGGAAGGAAGGUGGUGACACCGGCCCCUUCUGGGCUAGGAUGGCAGACCCUCGUCGAGUGGGUGAAGCCUUUCUUGCGGGAUGGAGGUGAAACUGGCCAAGAUUUCAGCUUGGACUUGCCAAAUGCGAUUCUUGACCGCUGUUUGUGGGAUCAGGUGGCCGGAGACUGGACAAAGCAGAUGGUGAUGACCACUUUCAGGUUGGCUUGGGAAUGCGUCCAUGAAGAGUACAGGUCGAGGCCCGCAAUGCGGGCUGUUGUGCAGCGCAUUCACAGCAUGUUUCUCGAUGUAGGCUGGGAAUUCUUGACCAGGACCAUGGACAUGGAGAACCUUCUGGCCAUGCCACAGGCAGAGGAUGGUAUGCAGGGGGAGGACUACGAUGAGACCCAACAGCAUUCUGACGUGUUCCUACACGGCAGGGGCAUAAGAGAUGGCAGCGUAGUAGAUCCAAGGUGAGUACUAGAAUGUAGGCGCUUGGAAACGCG